CAAAUGAUUGUGAUGAUGAUUAUUGUGAGUGUGGAGUGGGAUUUGAAGUCCUGGUUUAGUGCCUCCAGUUGCUGUGUAAUUUGAUAGCGACAGUGGGGUUGAGCAACGUUCAGGGUGUUUGGUGGGGGGAUUUAGCGCUCUUCCUCUCUGUCUUUGUACUUUGCAGUGUACCCAGCAGGUUUCAGGAUAUGAUGGCUGUAUGUCACUUUUGGAUAUAUUCUGGAGUUUUAACACUACUCUGGCUUUCUGCGGGCCCGGUGCACUGUAAUGAAGAGUCCCAGCUGAUCAGUGACUUGUUCAUGAACUACCAUAAGAAUAGUCGCCCAGUGGUGAAUCCUGAUGACAAGGUGGAGGUUACGAUCAAGCUGACACUUACCAAUCUUAUCUCCCUGAACGAGAAGGAGGAAACUCUUACAACCAAUGUGUGGAUUGAGAUUCAGUGGACCGAUUAUCGGCUUUCCUGGAAUGAGUCUAAGUAUUAUGGCAUCGAUGUCAUCCGGGUCCCAUACAACACUGUCUGGCUCCCUGACAUAGUCUUGGAAAACAACAUUGAUGGCAAAUUUGAUGUGGCUUACUACGCCAAUGUGCUGAUCAGCAGCAAUGGCGGGAUGUACUGGCUCCCUCCGGCUAUUUAUCGCAGCACUUGUGCAAUUGAGAUCACCUACUUCCCAUUUGAUUAUCAAAACUGCACGCUUGCAUUCAGGUCCCAAACGUAUAGCGCCAAAGAAGUGGACCUAGUUCUGGCCAAUAGUGAAGACGGUUCUACUAUUGAGUGGGUGGACAUUGAUCCCGAAGCUUUUACAGAGAAUGGAGAGUGGGCCAUUGUCCAUCGUCCAGCCAGGAAGAUGAUCGACACUCGAUAUUCCCCGGAUGACCUGGAGUAUCAGGAAAUAAUGUUCAAUCUGGUCAUUCAAAGAAAGCCCCUGUUCUACAUCAUUAACGUCAUCCUACCAUGCUCCCUCAUCUCCUUGUUGGUUGUACUGGCCUACUUUCUGCCUGCACAAGCUGGAGGACAGAAGCUGACUGUGUCCAUCUCUGUCUUGCUGGCUCAGACUGUCUUCCUCUUCCUCAUUGCUCAGAAGACCCCUGAGACAUCUCUCGCUGUCCCUCUUAUUGGAAAGUACCUGAUUUUUGUCAUGUGUGUCACCACUCUUAUUGCAACAAACCAAAUUGUGGUGCUGAACUUCUCAUUGCGCAGUCCUAGUACACACACAAUGUCCUACUCCAUCAAGCAUCUGUGCUUAGAAAUGGUUCCUCGCUUCCUGGGCAUGUCUCCUCUGGUGGAUGACAGUGAGGUGACUGCAGAGGUAAACGGCAUAAGAGAGCGCCGCCGAAGCUCCUUUGGUCUCAUGCAGAGAGCAGAGGAAUAUGUGCUAAAGCAACCACGCAGUGAAAUGAUGUUCGACAAGCAAAGAGAGAGGCAUGGUCUGACGCGCUCAAUGGUGGACAACAUCGAUGUCAGCAGCACAGCCAACCUUUACAAGAGUUUGGCUCAAGCUGCACCAGAAAUAAAGCAAUGUGUAGACGCCUGUAACUUCAUUGCAGAGAGCACAAAGCAACAAAAUGACAUAGGAUCUGAAAUUGAAAGCUGGGUAUUGAUUGGAAAGAUGAUUGACAAGGUCUGUUUCUGGGCUGCUAUUCUCCUCUUCAUCGUUGGGACUGUGGGGAUCUUCUUAACUGGACACGUCAACAAAGCGCCAGAAUUUCCAUUUCCUGGGGAGAGUAAGAAGUAUGCCCCAGUUUAAAGAAAAAAGAGAUGUAUUUGCUAAAACAUCUGUAUAUUUAUUUGUGCUUCGUUCAGUCUGAAGUGUGUAGAGCAUGUAUUCUCUGAAAUGUAAUGCCUAUAGGAUUCCUGGGUGAAAUUAAGAGGUUGAGUUGACUCUGAGGAAUUUAUGUGCGUCUCCAUCCUCACUUGUCAUAUCAGAAAGGGGAUAGAUCUUAUCCUCAGCAUUUCCAACUCGGAUGGAAGUCUUGUGAUGCAUACUUCAGAUCGUAUGGAUAAAAAAAAUGUUUGAUUUAAUUGAAUGUUUUAAAAUUCUGAGCAAAUUCUAGUUUGACUUUGUGGUAAAAUGCAAAGGUUAUUAAUAUCAGACAUGAAACAACACAUAUAACAGGUUUGGUUCAUUUAUAAAGAAAUGCUGCAGCCAGUUUACUAUAAAGCUGCAUUGAUGUGGAUCACUUAAGGUAUUACAACUUCACAUACACAUGCAUGUUUGAGUAACUUUAGCCAAACAUUUUUCUUGUUUAAUAGGGUGUUUGAAACCAUGUGUACCGUUUAAAGUGUGACCAUCAAUUUAACACAAUCCAUCCCAAAAACCUUUUUUUUCACUUUCUUAAAGGCUUGAUAAUGAUUAAGCAAACUUACAUAUUUAUGUUCAAACAUAUUCAUUUUAGGUUACAGGUUAACAACAAUCCAUUUUUAAAAAACUUUCUCUGGAUUGCUAAUGAACUGAAAAAAAAAACUUUUCUCAAAGUGUUUUCCUGUUAAAAUUUCUACAAAAUAUCAAAUUAGUGACCAAUAUCUUUGGUCAUUAAUUUGAGAGUUACAAAUCUUAUCUGUAGUGAAAGCAAGCAAGUGCUUAAGUUUUUACAUGCAUGCUUCUUUGUCUUAAAAGAGCCAGGAAACUCUUUCUUUGAUGACUUAUUUAUUGAGAAGUCUUGUUGUUUUAAAUAGAUGGCUCACUGAGAUAUUGUCUUGAUGUCAUUGUGCCAUUUUGUAUAAAUAAAAAUGUUAUUUACUCCAUCA